GGGUUGCGGCUCAUGGCGGAAUGUGACAGCUCUCGGGCAUGCGACAAUGGCUUUCUCUUCUCGACUGCUGCUCGAGGCGGCCGUUCUUUGUCAUCUGUUUGGCGCCUCGACCGCAGCAAGACGGAUAUAAGCAGCCAAUGUCUCGGACCGGGUCGCCACAAACCAGCGAAACCGCCCGCAGUUACCAGUCCAGCUGCCUUCACGUUCGAGACGGUGUCGUGUUGUUUCUUCAAGCGCUGCUCAGAAACACACUUCCCCACUCUCUUUAGGGCUCAGCAGGGGUAGCAGCUCGAAGCUGGAGACGCACAGACUGGAAGCUGUCGAAUGAUGCCGUCGAAGCUUUCCCACUGGUCAGCAUCUGCCAGUCUCGCAUUGAGCUCGGCCCAGUCGGACGUCAUCGCAGUGUGGAGCAAAUCGAGCUCAUUCGGACGUCGGCACCGCCAGGGGAUUUCUUUCGUCCCUUCGCCCCAACAUUUGCGCUUUCUUGCAGCCGAGGCCGCACACUCGCCCAUCGCAAUGGUCGGUGACUCCCUCUCGACCCCAGAACCUCAAGCACAGUCCAGAUCUGUACACGUGAUUAUUCGUCGGCCCUGGGCGCCUGGGGCUGGAUGUAUGCAUCUGUAUGUAUGUACACAGUACAUGCAAGUCAACUGCACCCUUCCGAUCACUUGCAUGGACUUAGUCAACGAAUCAGUCCGCUUCAUCAGAUCGUGCCGCCGGUGCGACCACUCACCGACGACAGUUGAGGCCAGACCGAGACCAGCUGCUUCCCCCUCAACUAGCCUCCCGUUGCCGCUGAACGAUGUCGCUGUGGAUUUCCUCACCCCCGGUGGCCCCCUCGAUCCCCCUUGCGCAUCUGGUCCGUGACACGUGGUGGUGGGCAUCCGCCGCCUGAAUGCCGUGCAGAUCACCAAGAUCUUGCUUACCAUUGAGGAAGCCACUCCAAACAGAUCAUCAACGUUAAUAUUUACCCGUCCUCUAGAUGCUACCAAUUCCUUUUUUUUUUUUUUUG